AGUAAGCUGACGCAGGAAACUGAAGAGCGCGACAGCUGUUGUUAAAUUCCAAGUGCGGGAGACGGGAAAAGAGAAUUUACCAUAGAGAUUCGGCGGAAUGGGACGGCCAAGGGCGGCUCUGGGUUGUCAAUUCUCGAUUCUUUCCGUCGUUGCUAGGAGACAGAGACGCGCGCGCUGCCAUGGAAACCCAACUGGCUCAGACCUUUCGAGAGAAGCAGCCGAGAAACAAAAGCCUUUGGCGUGGCGGCGCCUUCAACCGUUGUCUGAACCAGCAACUUUAGCCGUUAGAGCAGAAGAGCCACUUGAAGCCGGAGGAAGGGAACGAAGCUCCCGUUUCAAGCCUGGGGAGGGGUAUUAAGCUGGGAUACUGCUUUAAUUGCGUUUUCAUAGGAUUGUAGUUUGGGGCCUUGAAUAACCAUGCCUGUUCCAGAUGUUAUGUUCUGUGCACAGCAGAUUCAUGUUCCACCUGAACUGCCAGAUAUUAUGAAACAAUUUACCAAAGCAGCUAUCAGGACCCAACCACGUGAUGUUCUCCAAUGGUCCUAUGGGUACUUCUAUGCUUUGUCAAGGGGAGAGCCUCUUCCUGUGAAAGAACGUGUUGAAAUGCCAGUUGCCACACAGAAAAAUGAUACUGGUUUGACCCCUGGCCUCCUUAAAGUUUUGCAUAAACAGUUGUCUCAAAAGAAGACUGUGGAUUUAAUAGAUCUCCAUAAAAAGUGGAAGAUUUUGUGCUUACCAGUAGAACAACUGCGCAAUCUUCUUCAAUUAGAUACCUUUGAAGAUGGAAUAGAAUGGAUGAAAUUUUUUGCCCUUGGCUGUAGUGCUCUUGGUGGGACCCUGCUCAGUUCAAUGAAGCAUGCAUGUGAAAUUCUAACGGAUGAUCCAGAGGGUGGACCAGCCCGUAUCCCAUAUGACACUUUUCAAUUUCUCUAUUCCUACUUGGCUAGCUUAGAUGAUGAAAUAACAGAGGAGGUAUCCGAGUCUUUUCUCAAGUCUCUUAAAGAACAAGUGGCACGUAAGGACUAUAUGGUUGGCACUGCAGAUUUCUCCACUGUAAAACUGAUGCCUUAAAACAGGAAUGUUUGAGAGUAACAAUUUUUUAGUACAUAGCACAAUGUCAUGUCAAAUAGUGUAAUAAAAUUAGAGUUUUCAUUUAUGUAAUCUCUAAUGUCCUUUUCAGUUAGUGAACUACCAAUAAAAUCUGUAACACCUAAUUGUCUGAAAUCAGAUCAUGGUAUUUUAUGACAAUUGACUGCUCCUUCAACAAGCAGUAUUUAGAGUAGAAAAUCUAAUCAGUAAGCACUUAAUGAAUGGAGGCUUCUGUUUCCAGAGCCAACCUGACUAUGCCAUCCAUUCAGUGAAGAGAACAUCAUAAGUGAUUUAGUAUCAAGUGUAUAGUUCUCCCAGGGCUUCUUCCAGACUCUGAAUUUAAUAAGAAUCUUCUAGAUUUUUCCUUCUGUGCUUCAGAUCCUUAUAUAUAAUGUCUGGGCAACAAUCAUAUAAAUCAAAAAUGAUAAGUCUACAGUUGUUGAUUAUUUUUCUUUCCUAAUGUCUGGAUAUACAUAUGGUAUCAAUUCACUAUCUGCAAAAUCGUGAUAACACUGAACAUCAUAUAUUUAUUGGCACUGUCAAAAUAAUUCAGUUUGGUCUAGUGGUUAAGGCAUCAGGCUAGAAAGUGGGAGUUCAAAUUCCACCUUAGCCAUGAAAGC